AUGGCCUCCCCGCCGGAUCCCGCCCCGGCAACCACACCCGCUCCGGCGACCGCGCCCGCUCUUGAACAGAACCAACCACCCGACCAACAAACCACCUCCGCCACCCCCGCCCGGCCCGAACGACGCCCCAGGGCCGGAGGCCUCCUCCCCGCCCUCGCGAUAGCGCUCGUCAGCUGGCUCCUGAUCGGCAGCAUAAGCCACAGCCCGCCCGCCAUCGCCGCCCUCGGCGACGGCAUCAUCGCCCUCGACGUCGCCCUCGUCUUCGUCCAGAUCCCCAUGCUCUUCCUUGCCCUGGACUCCGCCUCCGACCUGUGGCCCGGCCGCGGGUCCGCCACCUUCACGGCGGCCGUCGUCGGCCUCGGCGUCGCGUCGGCGUACGCCCUCCGCGCGGCGGACGGGUGGGCCAACGGGUCCCAGGGCCUGUUCUGGACGCUCGGCGGCAUGUACGGCGGCGUCGCGCUCGAAUGGCUCACGGGGUUCUGGGCCCGCCUCGAGAGGCGCCUCGAGAGGUCGGCGACGAGGGGGGAUGGUACGCCGAUGCAAACCGCGGCCGUCAAGACAUCACAAUCUGGGCAGUAG